AUGGUGGUGGAGUUUCAGAUCGUGAAUCAGCAGUGCGAAACGUGCCAAAAGUCCUUCACUCCGCAUGCCUACAAUGCCAUCGUGCAGGUGAGGCAGAAGGUACCCCACAGGAGGACCUUCUGCUACUUGGAGCAGCUCAUUUUGAAGAGUGAUGCUCAUGCAAAGGUCACCUCCUUGAAGGAGACCCGAGAGGGUCUGGACUUCUUCUUUGAAACGAAAAGCCAUGCACAGCGCUUUGCCGAUUUCGUCGAAGCGCAUGCUUGUGGUGCAUGUGCCGAAAGGGCACUCGACAGCGCUCAAUGGAGCGCCACCUUUGAUGCUUUGCCACAAGGCUCUUUGCUCGGAACCUGUCCGCAGGUCACCAACGCGAUUCGAUUUGUCGAUCCUGUGUCCCUUCGAAGCCGACAGCUGAGUUAUGACAUUCCAAAUCCGGAUGCUUGCUCAAAGCAGAACCAUGUCUGCGGGAAGGACCAUCUCACCGAGUUUGUCGUGUUGAAUGUGGAGCCUCUGGAGAAGCCAGAGGUCGGAGUGGGAGAGCCGCAGUUGCCAAGGCCGCAGCAGCAGCUAGGCUCAUGGUGCAGCGCUCAGCCGGCGCUGGUUCAGAGCAGCAGCUUGAAGCAGCCGCAGGCAUCCUUCACGCCAGUCGCCGGCAGCGCUGCCAGACACAACCUCCCAGCACGAGGAAAGAUGACCUUGGCUGAUGUGGAGGUCGCCCGUGCCUGCGACCUGGGUGUCAACGACGACCGUGUGAUUGUCCGGAGCCAUCUGGGUCAAUUUCUCAGGCCAGGUGGCCGCGUCAUGGGCUAUGACCUGCGCACGGUGAAUGUCAGCGGGCUCUCAGACGAGGCCUUGAAGGCCAUAGCUGUCGCCCCGUGGGAUCUAAGGAGGUUGAACAAAGAAACCGUUGAAGGUGAAGAUCCCAUCGACGAUGAUGCUGACAUGGAGGCCUUGAAGCGUGACUUGGAAGAAGAUCCAGAGCUCCGGAAAGGCGUCAACAUGUACAGGACGCCGCCGCGCGGACGAGGCGGAGGCUCUGAGCCGACGGUGCCGUUCGCGGCCAGGACGCCUGGACCGGAGGCGAAGAAGGACGAGACGAAGAAGGAGGAUGACCCUGAUGGUGAGGAUGAGGAACGCAGUUGUGCUUGGUGCCUCUUGCAGAGCUGCUCGAAGGGCUGGAGCUGCGGGAUGAUUGAGCGUUCGGUGACGUCUGAGACGUCCGGACGGCGCUUCAUCACGGCGAACAAGAUGAAAAUAGCCUUGCUGAAAUAUCCCAAGCGGGAAAAGGCCCAUGAGCUCCUGGCUCAGCUGGACUUCCAUUUCCAUUGCGACAAGGACCCAGAUUGCUCAGUGAGUUCGACCGAAUGCACCGAGUUGCUGCAAGCCUUGAAAGACAUGCGGAAGAAGCUGACCACACUGCAGAAAGAUGCUGCUGUUUUGGAGGAGAAAUGCGUCCAACGGGCCAACCAGCCUCGAAAGGCUUCCAAAGCGCCUGCCUCGUAUGUAGAGAUGAAGGUUCAGCUGCUGCUGAGCUACUUGAUCUCUUUGACUUACUAUCUUUUGCUCAAGGUCAAAGGUGUUUCGCUGCGAGACCACCCCGUGGUGCUGCGCUUGCUGUGGAUCCGAACGCUCAUUGAGAAGCUGAAGCCCGUGGAUCAACGCCUGCAGUAUCAGAUGAACAAACUCUUGCAGUGGAAAGAUGCCAAAGCCGCGGAGCAGCUUGCAGGAUCGACGGAUGCUCAUGCAUUGCGGCCUGGUCAGCUGGUGGCAUCAGUGCAGGAUGAAGAUGCCGAGGACGCCCAGGAGGCGGAGGAACUUGCCUCGGCCCCUAAGGACGAGGAGGGCCACUUGGGAGCGUACAAGCCGCCCAAGAUCUCCCAGGUGGAGUACACUGGAGAUCACAUCUCUAUGCAGGAACGCGCAGAGAAAGAACUGGACAGAAAGAAGGCCCGACUGGAACGAAGUGAGUUUAUGCGCAGUUUGCGUGAGGAGUUUACUGAUGCUCCGCGAGAGAUCAUGGCGGAGGAGCGGUCCGCACGUGUGGAGAAAGCCACUCGCAUGCUUCGGGAACAGCAAGAGUUCGAAGAGGACACCAUGCAGCGUGUCAAAGUCAAGAAGGCCGAGCUGCGGCGACAGAAGCAAGCUUUGAGGGAAGGGCAUGCAACAUCUGGUGGUGCCGUGUCUCUCUUUGAUGUUGCCUCGGACUUUGGUGAGAUCAUGCGAGGAGUCCCGCGCUGCCUUGCAUUUCAAACUCGUUGUCUGUUCCUGCAGGAGCUGGAAAGGGCAAAGGCCGCUUCGCUUCUUCACCUCGACAGACUCGAAACGCACCUCCGAAACGCAAAGGAGUUUCGCAUCUCUGACACGUCGCAAAGGAGUUUUGCAAGAGUACGAAGAGGCCAGAUCCCGAGAGUCCAGUUUCUCAUAUAG